AAUGGAUAUGGCAUGAGAUGGCACGUGGGACCGGAAUCCAGCGUGUCUCUUGGCCGAUUGAUUCCCCGCCCAUAGUUUUGUGUUCUUCUGCCGCAAGAUCUCUACCCCGCUUUUAUCGAAAAUCAGCAAUCACUUUCAUAUAUUUUGGAUCCACCCUCCAUUCGCUCACUCUUCCUUUUCUUUGCGUCUCUGGGUGUAACCCAUCUUAUCUUCCCCAACCUUUCUUCGAUUUCUUGUAUAAGACUGUAUCUACCCAUUCGUAUUGAUUUGCAAACAUUCUUGGCUAUUUUUCUUUCAAGGAGAUGAAUAAAAAAAUUGAUCCAGUAUUCUUUCAUUUAUGAGAUCUAAAUACCCUUUUGAUUUUCAUUAGCUUUACUUCAAAGGCAAUGAUUUUUUUUUUUUUUUUUUGGUGGGUAAAUUCAUUUUUUAAGUUUUCUUGAAGAUUUGAAUAAUUGCUCUUUGUCUGUUUAAAAAUUUGAGGUUUUGAUUGUGAAAACCUUUGUGGGUUUCUUUCCAAUCGAUAGAAAUUUCCAUAGAUUUGAAAUAAUUUCUAUUGGUGUCUUAGGAUUUUUUUGGGUUUUAAUUCUUGAUAUGGUCACUCUGAAUCUUGGAUUGCUCCAUUAUGUGUUGGACCAUGUAUACGGUGCUUGCAUGCACAGAACAAAGAUUAGCCCACAAUUUUUUUCAAGAGGAUGGGGUGGUUCGAAGCUUGUUAUGCUAGAAAGAAUGAUCAAGCAGCUAUUCCCAGAUGCGGCUGGCCAGAAUUUGCCGCCCACUUUGGUCCGACCGGUUUGGAAAACGGUUUGGGAGAGCAGGACAGCUUGUCUGAGAGAAGGUACAUUCAAGACACCUUGUGAUGAGCAGCUUCUCAGUGCAUUGCCUCCAGAGAGUCACAAUGCAAGAGUUGCCUUUCUCACCCCGAAAAGUGUGCCCCCUCAGAAAAUGGCCUGCGUUGUUCAUCUUGCAGGAACUGGGGACCAUACAUUUGAACGGAGAUUGCGGCUUGGAGGACCCUUGUUGAAGGAGAACAUUGCAACUAUGGUGCUUGAGAGUCCUUUCUAUGGACAAAGACGUCCUCUGCUGCAGCGUGGUGCAAAAUUAUUGUGUGUUAGUGACUUGCUCUUAUUAGGAAGGGCAACGAUUGAAGAAGCUAGAAGUCUCUUAUAUUGGUUAGAUUCUGAAGCAGGGUAUGGCAAAAUGGGUGUUUGUGGACUUAGUAUGGGAGGAGUGCAUGCUGCUAUGGUUGGAUCACUGCACCCUACACCUGUUGCAACCCUUCCUUUUCUUUCUCCACACUCUGCUGUUGUGGCAUUCUGUGAGGGGAUACUAAAGCAUGCCACUGCGUGGGAGGCACUGAGAGAGGAACUUGCAGCACAGAAUGUUGCAAUGACUCUAGAGGAGGUGAGAGAUCGAAUGCGGAAUGUUUUGUCUCUCACAGAUGUAACACGCUUUCCAAUUCCAAAAAAUCCCAAUGCUGUAAUAUUUGUUGCUGCUACUGAUGAUGGGUACAUUCCAAAGCACUCUGUGCUGGAGCUUCAAAAAGCUUGGCCGGGCUCAGAGGUGCGAUGGGUCACUGGUGGGCACGUCUCAUCUUUCCUUCUCCACAAUGGUGAGUUCCGAAGGGCGAUUAUUGAUGGUCUAAACAGAUUGCAAUGGAAGGAGUCUCCAUUGUAACAGGAGCAUCAAAUGUGAAGUCCAUAUUGCAUUUAUUCUCAUGGUAAUCUUCGUUGCCUCUAAUUCUAAUUCUAUCCAAGCCUGUAAAGCCAACUGUAUCGAACAUUUGAGAAAACACCCUUGAGCGAAGAAAAGAUAAGAAGUCGUUAUUUAUUUCCAGUUGUAAUUCAUAUCAUCAAAGAAAGCCCUGAUUUUUUGAAGGGGGAUGACAAUAAACUUGAUAAAUGAUACGACUCAAAUUUGUUAUAGGGAGUACCAUUAAUGGAUUGGAUGUUGAUAAUUUGGAUU